AUGAAGUAUUUCCUCUUCUUUACUAUUGUUGCUAUUGCUCUGGCACACCCUCCCAGACUCGUCGAGGUCGCUAAGGAGGUCAACGCCAUGAAGACCACUUGGCUUGCUAACGAGGCUAUUCCCACUCGUGACUACACUCAGUACCUUGGUGCUCUCCGUGGAGGCAAGCAGCUUCCUGAGAAGAACAUUGCUAUUCGUGGUGAUCUUCCUGAGUCUUUCGACCCCGUGGAGAAGUGGCCUGAAUGCCCUUCUCUGAAGGAGAUUCGUGAUCAGUCUGUUUGCGGUUCUUGCUGGGCUUUCGGAGCUGCUGAGGCUGCUACUGACCGUCUUUGCAUUGCUUCUAAGGGAAAGAUCCAGGACCGUCUUUCGGAUCAGGAUCUUCUGACUUGCUGCGAGUCUUGCGGAUUUGGUUGCAAUGGAGGCUGGCCUUCCAUGGCCUGGAGCUGGUUCCACAGCACUGGAGUGACUACUGGAGGUGAGUACGGAAGCAAGGACUGGUGCAAUGCCUACGAGUUCCCCAAGUGCGAUCACCAUGUGGAGGGCAAGUAUCCUCCUUGUGGAGAGACUCAGCCCACUCCUGAGUGCGUUGAGAAGUGCCAGGAGGGAUAUCCCGUGGAGUACAAGAAGGACAAGCACUUCUUUGGAGAGGCUUACCAUGUUCCUAGCAAUGUGGAGGCCAUUAAGACCGAGCUGAUGACCAACGGUCCUAUUGAGGUCGAUUUCUCUGUCUACGAAGAUUUCAUGACCUACAAGAGCGGAAUUUACCAGCAUGUCGCUGGUAAAUACCUCGGCGGUCACGCUGUGAAGCUGGUCGGUUGGGGUGUCGAGGAUGGCGUUGAGUACUGGAAGAUUGCUAACUCUUGGAAUGAGGAUUGGGGUGAGAAUGGUUACUUCCGUAUCAUUGCCGGAAAGAACGAGUGCGGAAUUGAGUCCGACGGUGUUGCUGGAAUUCCUGAGCUGUAAGGCGCUC